GAAUUUUUUUUUUUUUAAAAAAACUUUUUUCAUAUUCCCAAUUUCCAAUCUCAGGUUCCAUGGAGAAAUUGUUGAAUAAGGCAGUAUUUCUUCCAUCAAUUUUGAAUUCUAGUGGUAUUUAUCAUUCUAAUCAACAUGCGAUUUGUGUUUUUCCAGUGAAAUUCAAUAGAAGAUAUCACAAAUCAGCAGUUGCUACUGCUCAGGCUUGAUAUUAUAGUAUAUAAAAAGUUGUACCUUUUCAUCUCGCGCUACAUAAACACAGAUGAGCAUAGGUAUCAAGAGAGCUCCUAAAUGGUGGGAGAAAGGACUUCAACCGAAUAUGAAAGAGGUGACGGGUGCUCAAGACCUCGUUGACACCCUUCUAAACGGUGGGGAUAAACUAGUCGUUGUUGAUUUCCUUUCCCCUGGCUGUGGAGGCUGCAAAGCCCUUCAUCCAAAGAUAUGUCAGUUAGCAGAGAUGAAUCCGGAUGUGCAGUUUUUGCAUGUGAACUAUGAGGAACACAAGUCAAUGUGUUACUCGCUGAACGUACAUGUUCUCCCAUUUUUCCGUUUCUAUAGAGGUGCUGAAGGUCGUCUUUGUAGCUUUAGUUGCACCAAUGCCACGAUAAAAAAAUUCAAAGAUGCAUUGACAAAGUAUGGUGCAGAUUGUUGCAGCCUCGGACCAGUUAAAGGGCUCGAGGAGAAAGAGCUACUUGCCCUAGCGGCUAAUAAGGACCUAUCUUUUGCUUACACACCAAAAACAGAAGAACCAGUGCCUCUUGCCUUAGAAGAAGUUAAGGUGAUAAAAACAAGUAGACAAUCUUCAUCUCAUCCCAAUACAUUCUCCCCAUUACCACUUCCUCUUCCUCUAGCAUCAACUUUGCAUACGGCCAAACAGGACUCAAAGAGUUAAAAGUUUGUUAAGACAUCGGACCUUGAUCUAAGUAAACUCGAAAAGCUAUGCUCAAGACUAUAAAAAAGGAACAACAGUCCUUUCCUCAUCAUGUGAGACAGACAUUCUAACACCCUCCGUCUUGAAUGGAGGGUAGACUUAUCUCUAAAAGUUCCAUAUGAAAAGAUGAGUCGUCCAGGAUGAUUUUGAGAUUCAUCUGUAAACUGUAUUAUAGAGGUUAUGUAUGCACAACUAUCUAGUGUGUGUUUUAAUGUACAUAAUGUCACCGUAUAUGGUUGCUAUAAAUAUUUUAUGUGAGCCUGGUAUUCAAAUGAAAUGAGUUCUAGUAAAGACUGCAUUCUUACCAUCAUUUCAUGUUUCACUUGCCAAAAGAUUUAAUCCAAAGAGAGUAUAAUGAAUGAACAAAAUAAAGUUGCAUUUCUCAAUUUUCGAAUUCAUAGUAUAAAAAUAUUUCAGUAACUACAAGUAUGUAUCAAAUGCUAAAACAUAUCAGCAGCCAAUCCAUUUCCAAGGAAGACAUGGACCUCAAUAAAACACAGUAUUGAGGGAAAUCCAAUUAGUUUUACAUCAAUCCAUAGUCUGAAUCGUCUUCGUUCAGCCGCUCUACCAUCUAAAGGCAGAGGGAAAGAGCUGCAUACAUUCUACACUCUUCGAACCCCAACCUAGGGGGUUAAGGUUGGUAUAGACUCAACACUCGCAAUCAAAGGAAGGCCUUGUUUCAACAGCCUUCAGCCAUGACCUGCAUCUGCUAAAGCUUCAAACUCAACUUCCAGUUCA